CCGCGGUUCCCCCCCCCAACUCCCUUCACCUCACCCAUCGAGCUGAGAGGGGGUCCCGCGUCCUCCUAGCGACCAAUCAGCGCACGGCUUACGUGGGAGGAAAGGGAGGGGACGGCUGAGAGCGGCGCUCCCAUUGGCUGCGCACCGCGCGGGGCCCGGUUUGAAUCGGCGGCGCCGGGCGUGAGGAAUGGCCAAGUACAGACGCCGACGGAAAGCCAGAGCCAGAGCGAAAUGUCGCCUGACAGGGAAAGGAGGUGCUGCCAGACCCCGCGGCUCAGGCGGUGCUGCGCCGCUGUCAGCAGGUGAUCUUCCGCUGGACCCAUGCUCUGUCCCAAGCCAUCCAUCCUCACGCUGGUCAAUGGCCUUGCCCAGUGUAAGAAACAUGGUAAAACCUCUUACAACAACGGUGUCGUUUCUGUAUUGCUGGUGCCAGAACACUGUUGCACAGAGUUUUAAGGUGGUUAAAGAGACAAUAUUUCCGUCACAAAUCUACUUAAGGGAGCUAAACACAUUCAGAGAGCAGCUGGAAAAGUUGGAAGCUGAAUUUUCCAGACUACAGGGAAUGCUCCAGGUGAAUGGAGUUGGGACUUCAUCUUCAGAAAAUUCUAUUUGUCAAAAGUGCAAUAAAACAACGCUGGGUGCUCCUGUACAAACGCAGAUGGGCCCACUGUCAUCCACGUGCACGCCUCCUGCAGUACAGCUGCAGCCUGUGUCUGCACCCCCUCCACCUCCUCCUCCUCCACCUCCACCACCACCACCACUGCCCCCACCAAAACUGCCUCCAGCACCUCUCCUCCUCAAACGGGGCAACGGCUCUAAAGCACUUCUGGCGCCGUCACAAAAAAAGGAUGUGCCAAUGCAGAUCACUCUCAAAGAUCUCCUGAAUGUAAAACUAAAGAAGACGGACAGCAACCUGAGAAUGGACAAGGCAGGAUCACCAGUGAAGACACGCAGGGCAUUAAUUACAGUCUCAGAUUUACAAGGUGUUAGUCUGAGAUCUAAAUCCAAGCCAUCAGCUCACAUUACGAACUCCCUAACCAGUACCCCACCUAAAAAUCAGUUAGAUCUUCGAAAACAUCUUAAGAAAGUCAAUAUACAAAGAAGUCCGGGUGGCACUCCACUAAAUAAAGAAAACAUGGAGUGUGGGACUGGGUUGACACCAAUAAUGACACAGGCACUACGGCGCAAAUUUCAGAUGGCUCAUCCAAAAAGUCCUUCGCCAGCCCGGCUGAGUGCUGCAAGCAGCUUUGAUGAGCAGAAGUAGUUUUAUGGAACAAUGCAUUUCUCAUUUGUGGUCAGGAAGCCACUUGAAUCCAAUUUUUAUGUCACGCAGACAAUGAAUCUGUAAGUAAAUGCAGUACUUUUGAGAAGGGGGCAUUUUGAAAACACUUUAUCGGAAAUCUGCCUUUUUUAAAGGCAACAUAUUUCUAACGUGGCUCAGACUGGUUCCAUCUUCUCUGAUAAUGAGAAAACAGAAUGAAAUUUCCUGAGAUUGUUGAGACCUGGCUGCUGUUGAAGCAGGGACUGUAAUGUUCCUGGCACUGAUUCUGCUUGUAACAUAAAUGUGUGCUUGUUUAUUGAAAUUCAAUAUUGCU